AAGAUGCAAGCAAAAAAGUCAUAAAGUUAUUAACCCAAAAGCUUGAACCCCAAGACCUCUAUAUAAUUGAAAAUAGUAUACGGUUUAACUCUCGUGAGAUUUCAACUUCAACUAUAAUCAAAAAAAUGAAACAUGAUAUAUUCAAAAAUGGUAAUUAUAAUAUUGUUAAUGUCGAUGCGGAUUUUUAUUUUAAGAAUCUGAGAUUAAAAUAUAAGGGACGAGCCGAGAGAAAGGGGAACCCCAGUGUUAUAACAAUGAUCAAUCAGUUACAGCAAGAGAAUAAAAGGGUACCAAGUGGAUGUGUUAAUACUAUUGUUAAAUAUUUACCAGGUUCACGAGCAGUUGGCGAGAGAAUGAUGCUAUCAGAUGAGUAUGAUCCCGAAAAGAAUAAAAUCGACACUAUAUAUUAUAUCAAAAAAUUCAAUUUAUUUAUCAGGUCAUAUCUAAAUAUUGAGGAAAAAGAAGCGUGGGGCCUCGAUACCAAUAACAAAGAAAGUGAUUCUACUGAUGAGUCAUCAAGAGAAACUAAUAAACAAUACAAACGAACAAAGAUCAAAUAUGAUAGUAUAGAAACUACUUCUAAUCAUAGAAUAACUGAUUUUUUUAUUCAAAGAUAA